AUGGGUUCUCAGAAUCUCGCCAAUCUAACCCUGGGAGGAGGUGAUCCUCGCGAGGGCGAGAAAAAUCCUGCUCUCUUUGCUCUUGACAACGGGCACGAAGCUCCUACAGAUACCGCAGUCGGGUUCAGCAUUGAAGCAGCACUGGUUCACAACGACCCUGACGUCUUGUUUGAAGAAUACCUCCACUACGCUGCCAUAACUCGUGCCGAGGAGAGAGAGUAUGAAAAGCUCGUGGAAAAGAAUCCGUUCACGUUCAAGGGCAUCAUCAAAAGUCGAUUCUCCACUGGACACAAACAGACCUUCGAAGGUGACGACAACCCGGAUGGCCGUAUCAUCACGUACAGAAACGCUGCCGAAGUCACUGAUCUGGAUUGGAGACGUGCCUCUCGUGCUACAAGGACAGCUACUUGGACUUCGGCCUUCUUCCUGAUCACUACCGACAUUCUCGGUCCCACAGGUGCUCCUUGGGCUUUUGCAAACACUGGAUUCGGCCCCGGCGUCGCUCUUUACACCGUUUUCGGUGGCCUCGCUGCUCUUUCUGGUUGGUAUGUCUACCUGACUUUCUUGAAACUGGAUUCGGAUCGCUACCCUAUUCGCGAUUUUGGGCAAGCUUUCUUCCGAGUGUUCGGCGCUCCCAUGCGCCAUCUCGUCAACAUUCUCCAGACUCUCCAAAUGUUCCUUCUGGUCGCUGUAUUGAUCCUCAACAACGGUGGUGCCAUCUCCGAGAUUUCAAUCGGAGACAAUGGCAAAAACGGCAAUGGUCUUUGCUUCAUCGUCUGCCUGUUGAUUCUUGGCAUCCUAGGAGUCGUCCUCGGGCAGAUCCGUACCCUUCAGCGCUUUGGUUGGCUUGCUAAUCUGUCUGUCUGGACCACUGUCAUCUGCGCCUUCAUGGCCAUUGGGGCCAGUGCUACUUCACCACCCAACUAUGCAGUUAUGUUUAGUACGUUCGGCGGAAAGGGCACAGCAUUUGGCGACACCAACUUCCCCGGUGGCACAGUCGAAAGCCAUAUCCCGAUCAAGACAUUCGGCGGUACUCCCCCUUACGGCUAUCAGUCAGGUGGUACUGGAUUUCUGGGCAGUUUCCAGGGAAUAGAUCAAAUUAUCUACGCGUACGGUGGUGCCAUGUUGUUCUUCAACCUUCUCGCAGAAAUGCGCAAUCCAUGGGACUUCUGGAAGGGCAUGAUGGCGGCGGAUAUCUUCAUCUACAUCGCAUACAUGUUCUUCGGCCUAUUCCAAUAUGCUUACCAAGGGCAAUACACUUACAACACUGCCAUUCAGAGUGUUGGCUCAUACGGUCUCCAGACUGCUGGAAACAUCUUGUCCAUCAUCGGCGGAAUGAUCGCUGCCGCGCUCUAUGGCAACAUCGGCAUCAAGGUCAUCUACAGCAAUGUCCUCAUGGAGCUUUUCCACUUCCCACCGCUUACCGCCAAGGCCGGCAAGAUCAUCUGGGUGGUCGUCGUACCUGUUUACUGGGCUCUCGCAUUCGUGGUUGCCGCCGCCGUGCCUUUGCUCGGAGACUUCAGCUCGCUCGUCGGCGCCCUCUGUAUCGGUAACUUUACUUACACCUUCCCUGCGCUGCUUCGUAUCGGCGUUACGAUCAAGACAGCUGCUAUGUUGCCAGAAGAGAAUUUCGACGAAGCGACGGGCAGGUAUCAUCGCGUUGACGGCGGUAUCAAGAGAUGGAUGCGCGGAUACAGGAAGACCUUCUUCGUCACAACUCUCAACAUCAUCUACUUCCUUGGUGCAUUGGUUGUCUGUGGUCUGGGAUGCUAUGCUGCCAUCGAGGCUUUGAUUACUGCGUUGUCGGGUGGUAGUGUUACUACUUCUUUCAGCUGCAAGUCUCCUUAUGCUGCUUAG